CGUCCCUCCUUCGCUGCAGGCGACCUUGACGGGAAGCCUCCUCUGUCUUCUUGGUCUUUUGACUUUCUGGAGUCGUGGGCUACCUCCUUCUUUGAUGUCCACAGUUGGGUGUGGAAGAGGGAUGGAGGCUGACUUGUCUGGAUUUAACAUCGACGCCCCCCGCUGGGACCAGUGCACCUUCCUGGGGCGUGUGAAGCACUUCUUUAACAUCACUGAUCCCCGCACUGUCUUGGUACCAGAGCAGAAGCUGGACUGGGCCAAGGUCAUGGUGGAAAAGAGCAGGAUGGGGAUCCUGCCCCCAGGCACCCAAGUGGAGCAGCUGCUCUAUGCCAAAAAGCUGUAUGACUCAGCCUUCCACCCUGACACCGGGGAGAAGAUGAACGUCAUUGGGCGGAUGUCCUUCCAGGUCCCUGGUGGCAUGCUCAUCACCGGCUUCAUGCUCCAGUUCUACCGGACCAUGCCGGCAGUGGUCUUCUGGCAGUGGGUGAACCAGUCCUUCAAUGCCCUAGUCAACUACACCAACAGGAAUGCCGCUUCACCCACCUCAGUCAGGCAGAUGGCCCUCUACUUCUCAGCCACCACUACUGCUUUGAUCACUGCUGUGGGCAUGAACAUGUGGACAAAGAGAGCUCCACCUUUGGUGGGCCGCUGGGUGCCCUUUGCCGCUGUGGCUGCAGCUAACUGUGUCAAUAUCCCAAUGAUGCGACAGCAGGAACUCAUCGAGGGUGUCUGCGUGAAAGACAAGAAUCGGAAUGAGCUUGGCCAUUCCCAGAGAGCUGCCGCCAUAGGCAUCACCCAAGUGGUUAUUUCUCGGAUCACCAUGGCGGCUCCUGGCAUGAUCUUGCUCCCAGUUAUCAUGGAAAGGCUGGAGAAACUGCAUUACAUGAAGAGAGUCAGAGUGCUGCAUGCCCCAUUACAAGUCAUGCUGUCUGGGUGCUUCCUCCUUUUCAUGGUGCCUGUAGCAUGUGGCCUCUUCCCACAGGAAUGUGAAUUGCCAGUUUCCUAUCUGGAACCAGAGCUUCAAAACACCAUCAAGGCCAAGAAUGAAGAGCCUGUACCUUAUGUCUACUUCAAUAAGGGUCUCUGAAUGCCCCACCCCAAACAAGAACUGGUGUAUGGACUC